AUGGAGCAAGAAAACUCUAUGAAAAGAUGGUGGUUCAAUUCGAUGUUAUUUAAGAAGGAGUUCGAACACAGAUGUAGGCUAAGUAAAUCAAUGGGCAGUCUUGGUCCUAUUGAAAAUGCUAGUGAAAGUAAAGAUCCGAAUAGAAAUGAUACGGAUAAAAACAUUCAGGGUUGGGGUGGUCAUGACAAUUACAGUAAUGUUGAUCUUUUUUUUGGCGUCAAGGACAUUCGGAAUUUUUUCUCUGAUGAUACUUUUUUAGUGAAAGAUAGUAAUGGGGACAGUUAUUCUAUAUAUUUUGAUAUUGAAAAUCAUAUUUUUGAGAUUGCCAAUGAUCAUCCUUUUUGUAGUGAACUAGAAAGUUCUUUUUAUCGGAAUUCUAGUGAUCUGAAUAAUGGAUCUAAGAGUAAGAAUCCCGACCACGAUCGUUACAUGGAUGAUACUCAGUAUACUUGGAAUAAUCACAUUAAUAGUUGCAUUGACAGUUAUCUUCAGUACCAAAUCUGUAUUGAUAAUUACAUUGUAAGUGGUAAUGACAAUUCCAGUAACAAUAAUUCCAGUAACGAGAAUUCCAGUAACGAGAAUUCCAGUAACGAUUACAUUUCUAGUUCCAUUUCUAGUCAAAGUGAAAAUAGUAGUCAAAACGAGGAUAUCACAACGAGUGAUCAAACUAUACCAGAAAGUUCUACUUAUAUGGGUGUAACUCAACAAUACCGGCAUUUGUGGUGUAACUCCAGUAAUCCAUACCCGGCCGUCCGCGAUGGCGUAAGCACGUCGCAAGUCUGCUCACCGGUUAUUGCAUUAAGCACCGGUAAUUCACCAAAAGCAAGAGGCUCCUAA